AUGAUCUACGGUCAAACCAACUGCGCCAAAACGUUUUCGUUGAAGCCCUUGAAGUGCAUCUUUGAUGACCGAUUGUUUGACAAUCCUGCGAAUGACAAGUACGCUUGGGUUGGUGCCGACAAGGCAGAGGUGAUUCUCUUGCAAGAUUUUCACUUCAGCAAAGAAGUCAUCACAUGGAAAGAUCUCCUCCUACUUGAAGGAGAGACGGUUAAGCUACCUGCUCCCAAGAAUCAUUUUGCCAAUUAUGUUGUCAUAUCUUCUGAUGUCCCGAUUUUCGCAACGUCAAAAGCACCUAUAGUGUACAAAGGGCCUUACAACGUGGAACACGAGCGUGAAACAGAGAUGAUGAACAGUCAUUGGAGAAUGAUCUGCUUCAAACAUGCAUUCAAGGAGAAAGAUCAAAAGAAG